AUGCUGCCCCACAAGACUAAGCGAGGCCAGGCUGCUUUGGACUGUCUCAAAGUGUUCGAUGGGAUCCCAACUCCCUAUGACAAGAAAAAGCGGAUGGUGGUACCAGGUGCUCUGAAGGUGGUUCGCCUGAAGCCCACCCGGAAGUUUGCCUAUCUGGGGCACCUGGCUCACAAGGUCGGCUGGAAAUACCAGGCAGUAACAGCCACUCUUGAGGAGAAGAGGAAGGAGAAGGCCAAGAUGCAUUACCGCAAGAAAAAGCAGCUCAUGAGGCUACGGAAACAAGCCGAAAAGAAUGUGGAGAAGAAGAUCGCAAAGUUCACAGAUGUCCUCAAGGCCCACGGACUCCUGGUCUGAGCUCAAUAAAUUUGACUGUU